AGUAGUAUGCAGUACGCGAAAAAUGUUUUUUUGCAGUAUGUGACAGUUACCCGGAUGAUGUACUAAUCGGGCAAAAAUUCCUAGUAUACAUCCAGAGCUCACUACGUCGGAUACUGUAUCCCAUAAUGCAACGCGGCACCGUUGGAAAAAAAACGUUGAACAUUUCGAAUAAUGGCGGCGGAAAAUGCGAGCGAUGAAUAUAAAUGGACUGAUGUAGACACCGCAGCUCUCAUCAGUUGGAGAUCUACGAAUGAGGGCAUGUUCACGGGCAGGAGGAAUGCGGCGCAGAAGGGGUUCGAAGAAUUUAUUAAGGUCCAGGGGCUAGAGGGGAAGAUGGAGGCCACCAAAAUUAAAAGGAAAUGGGAGAACCUCAAACAAAAAUAUAAGGAGUUGAAAGCACCCAGGACAGGGGUGAGCACUGAGGGAGGAGAGACCACUGCUGCAUCCUGGAAGUGGUAUGGGCCAAUGGAUGAGGCACUAGGCGGGAGGCCAUCAAUAAGUCCUCCCGUACUAGUGGACUCAUCCGCCCAGGAUGUGGCAGUGGUCUCUCCUCCCUCAGUGCACCCGAGUACCCCAAAUCUGGGCAAAAGGAAGAGGGAGUCUGAAUGGCAGGAAAUAUUAAAGGAAAUCCAGGAGAAGGAGGAAGAAAGAGAGCUAAUUCAGAUAGAAAGAGAAGAAAGGCGAGAGAGAGAGGCGAUUGAAAGAGAGGAUCGGAAGGAGAGAGAGCGGCUGCAGCGUGAGGAGAGGAAAGCGAAGGAAAUGCUGGAAAGAGAAGAAAGAAGAGAAGGAGAACCAAGAGGGGGAGGACAGGCGGUAUCGGGAGAUGAAAGAGGCAGAAGAAAGACGAGAGAGGGAGGGCAAGGCUAG